GCACGCAGCACGUCCGCUGAUGCGUUUUGCGAGCCUUUUCUGGCUGCGUAUGGCACGCGUACUGGAGAUUUCUUUGCCGACUUCGCUUCGCAUCGCAGGAUAUAUUCCACGAGGAGGGAAGAUAUGAAGUAUUUUUAUGCGUAAUUAGAGAGGCUGGAGGGGUUCUCUUUUUUGUAUAGGCUAUAUUUUUAACAAUUUUAUUCUACCUCAGUUUUGUUAGACACUUAAAGUAUUUUUCCCCUUCUUCUUCAAUGUUUAAGGUGAUUUCUUUCCAAAGCGCACAGAGCUACAGCCUCUCUCUGUCAUGGAAAACCUCACGGUGGAUGACAUGACUCUGGAGAAUGACACGUCGGUGCCGGAAAACCAGACUCUGGGCGUUUGGAACGACUACUCUGUCGAGUACAAGGUGGUCAGCGUGUUCCUGGUGUCCCUCAUCUGCGGCUUGGGGAUCGUGGGCAACGUCAUGGUGAUCCUGGUGGUCCUGACCACCAAGCACAUGCGAACUCCCACCAACUGCUACCUGGUGAGCUUGGCGGCCGCAGACCUCAUGGUGCUGACUGCCGCCGGGCUGCCCAACAUCAGCAACGCCCUGUGCGGGCAGUGGGUGUAUGGCUACGCGGGCUGCCUGGGAAUCACCUACUUCCAGUACCUGGGGAUCAACGCGUCCUCCUGCUCCAUCACCGCCUUCACCGUGGAGCGCUACAUCGCCAUCUGCCACCCCAUCAGAGCCCAGUUCCUGUGCACCUUGUCCCGGGCGAAGAAGAUCAUCAUGCUGGUGUGGGCGCUCACCUCGGCCUACUGCGUCAUGUGGCUGUUCCUGUCCGACACCAAAACGCUGGUGUACGACAACGCGGCGCUGCUCACCUGCGCAUACAAGGUGUCCAGGAGCCACUACCUGCCCAUCUACUUCACGGAUUUCGCCGUGUUUUACGUGCUGCCCCUCAUGCUGGCCACCGUUCUGUACGGGCUGAUCGCCAGGAUCCUCUUCCUCAACCCGCUGCCGUCCCACCCGAAGGGCGGCAGCAAGAAGUGGAAGAGGGAGGCGAGCCAGGGCGGCAGGAUGGUCGGCAGCGUCUCCUCCGGCAGCAGCAGCACCACGGCCGCCUCCCGCAGACAGGUGACGAAGAUGCUUGCCGUGGUCGUUGUCCUGUUCGCCCUGCUCUGGAUGCCCUACCGGACCUUAGUGGUGGUCAACUCCUUCCUAGGCAAACCCUACCUGGACACCUGGUUCCUGCUCUUCUGCCGUCUCUGCAUCUACCUGAACAGCGCCAUCAAUCCGGUGAUCUACAACGCCAUGUCGCAAAAGUUCCGCACCGCCUUCAAGAAGCUGUGUCGCUGCGGCCCCCAGCGCUUGGAGAAACCAGCGUCCUACAGCGUGGCUCUCACCUACAGCGUCAUCAAGGAGACGUCCAACGGGGAAAGCCCGGACCACUUCACGACGGAAAUGGACGAGCUGCACUCGCCGUGCAACCAGUGCAUGCCUGCCGGAAUCUUACAGAGUGCCAAAAAGAAGCAGUAUGUGGUGGAUGCCUCGCUCACUGGCAGAAAAGUGAAUGCCUGAGUAGAGACGAUGUUUGCACCCAGAGUAGACAACGUACUGUUGAGUUUAGUCAGGUUUAAGUUGAAGGCGCGCCGACAUGUCCAGCUUGAGUUUUCGCUCUUGUUCAUAUGUUAUUUGAUGAAACUAAAGUCCACCCCCUGUCAUGUUUUGUGGGCUUUGAAUAUUUUGCACACAAUAAGUUAAGAGAACAGUUUUGAGUCAUCCAAAAUAGAGAGUAUUUGCAGUUAUGCUUAGUUAUUCAGCGAAAGCUUCAUAUCAGAUGACUUCUGGGAAAAACUGAAAGAUUACCGAUUGGAGGAGUUAAUGCACACAGCAACUCUGUUCUCUGAUAAUCCAUCAAUCUAUUUUUUAUAGCCGCUUCAUAUUUGAAGGGUGUUUGUGGAGUUGGGUGCCCAUUAUUCCUGAUAAAUAGCCAACAAAGGGAUAUUAAGAGAAACAGACAUACACUCUCACCUAGGGGGAACUCAGACAGCACAAUUACCCCAUCAUGCAUGUUUUUUGACGUGUGAGGAACUUGGAGGUAAUCUAUACAUGCACAGGGAGAACAAGCUAAUUCCACACUGACAAGACCCCAGCUGCUAUUUGAACUAAUCCUCUGAACUUUUUAGUACACCCCUGGAAGAGUGUUGCUCAAGGCACUUGUGCGUUCACUUCCCUUUGCUGGGUAUACAGUCUAAUGUUUGACCGGAGGCGAACAUCAUUUACACACUCUGCACGUUUGAUGCACCAAGCCGGGGGAAGCACCACCGCCACCGAGUCUGCUUUUAAUGAAAAAAAAUAAAUAAAUAAAUUUCCAAUAGAUGCAUUAUUCGCUGAGCUAAUAAGAAACUCUGGAGCUGAAAGGCAGUGCGAUGGAUGACGUUUUCAUUUAACACAGAAUUAAAAACGCAAUAAAUAGCAGAUGAUGCGUUUUAACUGCUUCGCAUGACAAGAUAAUGCAGAACCUUUCGAGAAAUUUUCAUCAAGAUUAAAAUUUUGAUGCCUUUAAGCAUAUUGGCCUUGGUAAAAUUUUGAAAUGUAAUGAAUAAUUCGGCCAGUUGGAAGGUAAUUAACUUUUUUUUUUUAUAUUCUUGUUAAACGCAGAGGAUUUAGUCCAUUGACAUUCCAGUUAAAUGUUUUGUCCAUUUAGCUGAGAUUGCUUUAUUUCAACGAGUUAGAACCGCAUCAAACACAACGCCAUGGAAAAAAGUUCACUAGUAUUCAUUAUUGCUAUAAAAUUCAAAUCAAAUUUAAGGCUUUGGAGAAUGUGUUUGACUUGCUCUUGUUCAAGAGUGAGCACGAAAUUUAAAAAUAAUACAAUUGGCAGCACAAAUGUACAUUUUUGUGGCUUCUUCGAAACCACAACAGGACAAAAUUGUACCUAAACAUAUAAACAGAAAAAUACAUUCCUUAAAGAUACCUAUUGGCUUUAAAAUCACAAACAGACAUGCAGACACGUUGGAUCCCAGCACCAUCAUCUGAACAGUACUGGCUCAGAAUCCGUUCAGUCCGAUUUUAAUAAUCCAAUUCAAGGCAACCUUCAUCAGGAGAAAAGUCUUUUCCGACUGUCUUUAAGUGAAAAGGCUUGAGGGUUAUUUUGCUAAGAGAGCGAGUCUGCAAAGCCAAGUACGACUUUGCAGUGCUGCUGAUGCAUUUCCGAGAUAGACGCUCCGAUGUUGGAGGAAUUUAAACGUGUCAAUGAAGCUCCUGCAUCGGCAACAUCAAAGUUUUGAACGUGUCAGACAGCGAAAGCUAAUUAAAUGAAGAAAAGACAUAAGCAUGCAACCACUGGAGGAAAUGUGACGCGAUAUUGCAAGACAAAUUGAGCAAAAGCUGCUGCAUACUUGUUUCUCGGAUCAGAUCCUUUUAACAAUAAGAAAAUAUUUUGUUUGUUUUUGUGAUUUCUGGCUCAACAGAAUUCAAGGUUUAUGUUUUCCUCAAGAUUUUAAAAACUUCCUGAAAUGUCAGAAACGGUAAUAGGUACACAAUGUUCCUCUUAGUUUCGACAUCAAGUUUAAAAAGUUCUUUCUGGGACGACUUCAUGUCAGAUUCAUGCAUUUUUAUCAGUACGUUUAGUUAAAUGAAUUUUUUGUUCAUUUGAGAAUAAAAAAAUAAAUGCUCGAAGCAUCUGUAAAGGACUAAAAUUGAUAUUGUUUGCAAACUUUUCACCAAUGAAAUCCAAGUUACAUAUCUUGAAGUCACUAUCAUGCAAACGUCGUUGUCACUGCGUUUCAUUUUGCAACCGAUAUUCUACUGGGUUUCGACUGGAGUUACUGAAUCCGUCCCUCUUUGCGUUUCCCACCUGAAGCCAUGUAAUCUGAAUUAAUCCAAACGUACACCGGCGUGACAUUUUAAUUUCGCUUCCGCAGGCACAACCCAGAUGUCGCAUUACGUGACCUUUAACGACGCACUCGGCAGAGAAAGAGGCGGACGCAUUUAGACACUCACUUAAACUUGCUGUGUCAAUUUAGAAUCACCUGAAUGCUAAUGAUUCCAGCGGGGGAGUUGUUGGAUUAGUCCUCCGAUGUGACAGACACACCGAGCAAAGACCCGGCGUUGCUUUGGUUGCCAUCAAGUGGAGAGCCCGCGUGCGUCAGCGAGUGGCGAGCUACAGUGACGCAGAAACGUGUUCCUGCUGCUGUAUUCAGUUUCAGCUGGCAGUAGGCAGCGCUUUUCUUUCGAGUUAUUUGUUCCAGGAAUCUCCACAAACCAGUGAUGGGACAUGUAGCAGCACGAUGAAACCCAUUGUGUGCCAUAUUUAAUAAAUUGAUGAGGUAGCUGACAAAUACGUUUUGGAAAUAACCUCUAAGCAGGUGUUAAACAUACUUCUCAUCGAUACUGCGUAUUUCGGUAUCGAUCCAAUACCAAAUAAAGUAUCGCCGAUAUUGAUUGAUACCAGUACCGAUACUCAUUGUUUAACUGUGAAGCCAUCAAACAUCUGACCUUCAGGCAAUUUUUUUCUUUUUUCUUCUGGAUUUGAAAAAAAUAAAAAUAUUUAGGACAGAAUUUAGGUAAGGUCUCAACAUGCUAAUUUAACAACAUAUAUUCAGACGGUAAACAGAAACAUUAUGAAAACAAAGCAAUUUUUUGCGUUGUUUUCUAAUUAAACAAACAGCAAAAAUUAUAACUCGAAGAGUGAAAGCAAAAUCUUUUUUUGUUGUACAGCCCAGAAAGUACGACACAAACUUCCCGCCGGCCUCUGCCUCUCACUGACGCAUGAUUGUUGAUGGAAAUAUUGGCUUGAAAACAUCAGUGUGCGUAAUUCAUCUACACAACAUGUUUCACUUAGUAACUUCAGUCAUUAAAGUCAAAGUUAUUUUCAAGAAUAUUCUAAUUUGUUACAUAUGACUGUGUAGCUGUGCCUGCUGGUGGGGUGGUGGGAGUAUCUCUGAGUUUCUGUUUUGUAUGUAGGUGAGUUGAACACCCUUAUGAGCUGAACUUUUUUGUUAAAAUUACCAUUAUUUUGUCAGUAUAAUCUGAGACAGGCAAUGUGUGAAAAGAUCAAUCUCCUCCACGUCCUCCGUGAGCUUCUAUUGCCGUCUGAAGAAACGCACCUCUCCGUGUCAAAAACAACCAAUCAGAUCCUGGAGGAGGGUCUUAGUGCUGCCAGUCAUGCUCGUGUACGUCCACUCAAUGUGAUGAUGACGGAGAAACAACUUACCAUUACAGGAAAACUGUUUUUCUGCAGUCAUACUAGCCUUAGCAUUCAUGGCAAAAUACGUUAUGGUGAGACCCUCCUCUUGGCUCUGAUUGGUUGUUUCUGACAGAGCAGGCUGUUUCUGCAGUUGGCACUGGGACAUAAAACACUUUUUGUUUUCAUAACAGUUACAGAUUGCAGCUUUAAGGAGGGUUUUUAGAAUCUCUUCGAACUUGAAAAGAUGCUGGGUAAAAACAACCCUGGGUCAAAUAUGGAUCAUUUCUCUCAGGGUCAGUCCAACUCAGCAGGGUUGCAGAAUGGGCUUAAUUUAGCUGGAUGGAUUCAAAUGAAAGACAUUUCAGCUUCCUCAUCACGUGGAUGAACUUUGGCGAAGUCGGACGAGGCCGUCGUAUCAUCGACACGGUAACUCUACAAAACUGUUUCACCCCAUGCUUGUUUGAAACAGCCCGUCUUCUUUCACAACAACACAAACCUAUGAAAUAAUGGUGAGGAACCUUGCAGUUUCUGCAUGUGGCCCGUCUCCAAGAGAGACCAGCUAACGAAAGGGACACGCUUUAAAAUCAACAGCUGUGUUUUUCCGGGUUUUUUGUUCGUCUAUAUUGUAAAGUUGUUUGAAAACUUGUGUGCCGUGCAAUGUGAACUUCAUGGAGUAUUGUACUUUUAAAUGUGCUGGAAAAGAAGAAAAAAAAACUGUUUUGAUCAUUUCUUUAAAACUGUCUCAGUGCAGUGGGUGAAAGUUAAAUGCUAAGGUAGAAUAGAUGAAAAUAUUUGGAAACAAAAAGCUGUUUCAAGUCUGUGGUUUGCAAAACACCUCACAGCUUUUCGCUUUCUGUUCGUUAUUAUUGCUAUUAUUAUUAUUAUUAUUAUUAUUAUUAUUAUUUUCCUACUUUUGACAAAUAGCAAACAGCUGUGAUAUUUUGUGUUCUGCUUUCAGGUUGCUUCAAAAAUCACGAUUUGCAACACACACACAUGCAACCCCCCCCCACACACACACGCACUACGUGGGCAAAUCCAGUGACUUUUUGCACGUUUGUAGUUUUCCCUCUGCUGCUUCAUGGAUUGUUUGAAUAUUUUGUAUUGCUUAUUUGUCAAUAAUAAACAGCAAUUCAAUCUGG